AUGUACCAUAUAAUGUUUAGCCUACAAAGGAUAAAGCAUGAUCUGUGGGUUUAGAGUUCAGUGACUACCACUGGUCAGUAGUAGCCUAUAAUGUGAGAUAGGCGGGCUCCUUAUCAGUUGUUUUAUAGAUCAGCGAGCUGCGCAUGCGCACUAGGUGCGCAGAAACCACUUCAAUGAACACAAAGAAAAAUAUAUUUUCGGAAAAAGAAGAAAAUAGUUCAUAUCCAAUGUGUAGCAUACUCUAUCAUUAUCAUUGUACCUCUAAUUAGAACAUUCCUGUAGGGAUUGGUAAGGUUUUUUCUUGAGAUAAGUCCUUGAAUGUCUUUUCACGUGAAAGAGCGUUUAUAAGGAGUUCAGUCUUAGAAACCUCUGGCACUUUUAGAAGCGGAAAUAAACGUAGAGGAAUUAUCUGUAGUGUCCCGACAAUUAUAGUAGCCAUUAAAAAAUGGCAGCAUACACAUUACCGGAGGGAUUCUCCGAUUUUGACAUGUUUGCAUUCGGUUCAGCUCUUCUUGUUGGAGGUCUUCUUGGAUUCUUCCUCAACGCCAUUUCAAUAUUGGCCUAUAUUAGCGUAAAGCAAAUGCGAACUCCCAGUAAUUUUCUUGUGUUUAACCUUGCUGUGGCUGACAUUAUGCUCAAUUUAAACGGCCUGAUCGCUGCUUACGCCAGUUUAUUUUAUAGACACUGGCCCUGGGGCCAAGACGGAUGUAGCAACCACGCCUUCAUGGGGAUGACAGCAGUUCUGGCCUCUAUCAGUUUCCUGGCUACCAUCGCCUGGGACAGAUAUCACCAAUAUGUGACCAAUCAGAAGCUGUUUUGGAGCACGGCCUGGACUAUUUCAAUCAUUAUCUGGGGGUUGGCCAUCAUCUGGGCGGCCGUCCCUCUGAUUGGUUGGGGAGUUUAUGACUUUGAGCCCAUGAGGACCUGCUGCACACUAGACUACACCAAAGGAGACAUGGACUACAUUACCUAUAUGGGGGCCCUGACGGUCUUCUACCUUAUCUUCCCUGCUUAUGUCAUGAAGUCCAACUACGACGCCAUUCACGCAUACUUCAAGAAGAUCCACAAGCACAGGUGGAACACCAGCAUACCACUGAGGGUUCUGUUGUUCUGCUGGGGACCCUACGAAAUCAUGUGCAUCUACGCCUGCUUUGGCAAUGCCAGACUGGUCUCUCCAAAGCUGAGAAUGUUACUUCCUGUUUUGGCGAAAACGAAUCCUAUUUUCAACGCGUGGCUUUAUUCCUUUGGGAACGAGUUCUACAGAGGGGUGUGGCAGUUCCUGACUGGCCAGAAGUUUACUGAGCCGGUCGUUGUGAAGUUAAAAGGAAGAUAAAGGAAGUUUUCCAUUCUGACAUUCUAAUUCCAUGGUUACACUACUGUACAGGCCAUGGAAUUAGAAUGUUCCAUUCUCACAUUCUAAUUCUAUGGUUACACUACUGUACAGGCCAUGGAAUUAGAAUGUUCCAUUCUCACAUUCUAAUUCUAUGGUUACACUACUGUACAGGCCAUGGAAUUAGAAUGUUCCAUUCUCACAUUCUAAUUCUAUGGUUACACUACUGUACAGGCCAUGGAAUUAGAAUGUUCCAUUCUCACAUUCUAAUUCUAUGGUUACACUACUGUACAGGCCCUGGAAUUAGAAUGUUCCAUUCUCACAUUCUAAUUCUAUGGUUACACUACUGUACAGGCCAUGGAAUUAGAAUGUUCCAUUCUCACAUUCUAAUUCUAUAGUACAGGCUAUAUCCAAACAACAUCCUCAUCAUGCACUCUCAUUGCAGUAGGUUUCACAUUGGAAGAAUGGUAUUUGUACAAGGUGGUGAACUUAAUGUUAAUUGUUUAUUUAGCUGGCUUGGGAAACCAUGGGUCCAAUGUAGCUUGUCAAUAGCGGUAUGGUGGCUGACUCUCCAUUCAAAUAGACUUUGGGGAGAAGCACCUGCUAUUAGAUUGAAGGAUGUCUCAUGAUUGACUAGACAUAGGACACUCAAUGACCUACGUUGUAAUACAAAUACCACAGUGCUCUUAAUGUGGUGUUCAUGCUGAGUUAUUUCAAGGUAAUACGACCAGAGAUCAACUUAAAAGUGGACCAAACUUAAGGUUCAAGUCAUGUUAAUGUAAUGCCGUUUAAUUUUUUUUAAAUUUUUAUAGCCAAUAGCUUUACUUCUAGAAGUUUCCCUGAUGUAUCCCUCCAGCACUGUAAUAAACACAGCAAGGUAUUCCGCCAUGCAGCCGCUCUUCAAUCUGACUCCACUGUCCUUACCUGGAAAUGGUGUGAUUCUCAGCAUGCCGCUGUACCUGUACAGCUGUAAAAGGAUGAGACUUCAAAAAAGAGCUAUACUCUGACCACACCUGGGUUCAAAUACUAUUUGAAAUCUUUCAAAUACUUUAACCUGCCUGGAGUGCCAGAUGGGCAGGGUACACAGUUUUUUAAAUGUUUUUUUUUACAGUAUACAAUUUCAAGGCAAUCUCAAUCGAGCCAGGAUAAAGUAUUGGAAAUUAUUUCAUAUAGUGACUGAACCCAGGUGUCAUUCAGCCAAGACAUUUCAUGCUAUGGAGGUUGUUGUAUAGUUGUGACCAAGUAGAUUUAUUGUGUGACUUUUUUGGUUCCUGAGGAGUUUUAGGAUUGUCUCCCAAAUUACACCCCAUUCCCUAUUUAGUGCACUAUGUAGGGAACAUGGUUCAAUUUGAAAUCUGAAGACAAAAGCCUUGAUGUGAUGUAACCUCUUCACAGUAUAGCCACCAAUCUUUCUGUGAAGAACUAUUCUCUGUAGGUACUUUACUGUGGAGACAGAACGUAAAGAAGCAGGAUCAUCCCUGUUUAAAGGAAGUGGCGAAAACCACUUCCCUUAAACACUGAAUCCCACGGAGGAAGUUUGUGAAUGACCAAUGCUCCCUAUGUUACAAAGUCUUACAUUACAUUACAUCCCCAUAUAGUCUGGAGUAAACUAGAUGUAACCUAA